GCUCAGACUUAUGAGGAGAGCGCUCAGCCUAGGGCGGUGACUCGUGAGGUUACAGAAGCGCGUUUGACAGAAGCCUUUGAGAGGCACUGUGACGAGACCCCCGAAGAUUGACGAUCUGCGGAAGACAUGGUGACAGCGGUGGUGUGCAGUGGCGCCCAGGUUGGGGCCUUCUCAUGCGGUCUGUUGCAGCGGCAGCGGAUUGGUCAUGCAGCAGGGUUCAGACUUCCUCCAGUGCCAAUGCCUCUUUUAUACAGCGGCAGAGAGUGGCAAGGCGGGCUGGCGCUGCCUUUAUUGCCGGACCUGCAACCAUUCAGGAAAGGACGUGCUGCAAGCUUGCGGGCUGGUGCGGAGAGCGAGCAUUUGGGCGUUUUGAAUGUUCCACAGCAAAGUGCUGAGCACAGCGAAUCAGCGCCUCAGGUCAACUCCCUUCCACAGUCUGCCCCGCCAACCCCCGGAUCUGCCACCUCCCCUGAGAAUCACACCACCCCCUCUUCUUCCAACCACCAGCAGCCCCAAGACGAAGCAACACAGCAGCAAAAUGCGGAGCGCAUCGCAAAUGGCGCCCAUGCGGGGCCCAGCGGGCAAGAUCAGCACGCCCAAACGCUCUCGGACGAGCCGCCGGAAUCAUCUGGAAGCAACCAGUCAUCUUCGGUUAAGCAGUCAAGCCCAUCAGGAAGCAACCAGAUGCCUUCGGACAGUGUCAGACCGGAACAAGAAGUUCCGGACGAGCCUUUGGACGGGGACGAGGGAGGGGAGCCGAUGUACGGGUCGCGCACGCUGCGCGACGUGUGCGACAAGCUGAUUGCGGUGUUCACGGUGGAGAAGCCGGAGGUGGCGGACUGGAAGCGGCUGCUGGCGCUGAGCAGCGAGUGGGCCAGCAUCCGACCCAAGUUCUACACGCACGUCAAGCGGCGCGCCAAGGAAGCAGAGGACGACGGGAACCCUGAGUACGCGCUGCAACUGUACAGCCUGCAGAGGAGGCUCAACAAGGUGGAGGACGAGAUGGCUGCGCACGAUAAGCUGUUGGCAGAGGUGGAGGCCGAGACAGACUGGAACAGCAUGGUCGUGCGGCGGAGGGAGGAGUUCACGCAGGACUUCUUCCAGCACAUCAGGAUCCGGGCCGACAGCCAGUUCAACGAGCUGGGCAGGCGGGACGAGCUCGUGAACCUGUCGGCGAAGCUGGUCACAGCGAUCCAGGUACACGACAACAUUCAGAAGGACGAAGCGCUGAUGCUCAAAGCGGAAGAAAAGUUCCUGGGCCUGCUCGACUCCCCCGACCUUUCCACGCUGGACAGCAAAAUCGACCAGCUCGCGCAAACCGGCGGGUUAGACCCCGCGCUCCUGCUAACCAUGUCCAAGGCGUACUGCGCGGCCAAGGACACGAACCUGGUUAGGGACGAGGUGAAGGACAUCAUGGCGCACAUGUACUUCAAGGCGCAGCAGAGCCAGCAGAUGUACCUGCCCAAGGAGGUGCGCAUCCUGCGCUACCUGAUUACCAUCGACGACCCGCAGGAGCGCUACCGCGCGCUCGAGCAGGCCUUCGAGCCGGGCGACGAGAGCGACCCCUUCGAAGACGCGGAGAACGCCAUGCUCUACACGACGCCAGAGGCGCUGUAUGAAGUGGUCAGCAGCGUAUUGAAAGCCUACUUCACUGGAGCAAAAGCCUCGACGAUGCUCAAGGAGGCGGCGGCUUUGAUGAGGCCCAAGGUCAUCGAUAGGAUCAAACUUUUGAAGGACAUGAUUCAGAAGGAUUUCUUGUAGAUAGAUCAUGAGCAGCAUACCGAUACUGUCUGCUCACAAAUGUUGUGCAGAUGGAACUUUUCUUAUAGCAUGAGUGAAUCAGUCGUGCACACUAAAUGUACAGUUGAGGUCAAACUAGGACUGAAGGAGAGCAAUCGUGUCGAUUAUUACGAAACAAAGUUUGAGAUCCUGGCUUUUCUCAAUCCUUAAUAUGCAUUAAGAAAUGCGGCAUCAUUCGGUGGA